AUGUCAGCACCAACCGACGAGGAGCUUGAGGACGUCGUCUACGCCGCUCGCUACGGCGAUCUCGACGACGUGCGAGCUUUCAUCGACACUUUCGGGGCAUCCGCCGUCGCCGCUGCGCAUGACGAAAGUGGAAAUACGGUCCUACAUAUGGCUGCAGCCAAUGGGCACACGGAGAUACUUGACUAUAUAAUCCCAUUGGUACCGACAUCGUUGCUGUCCGUUCAGAACGCGGCUGGCUCGACUGCGCUGCACUGGGCAGCGCUCAACAGCCAUCUCGAGGCCGCCAAGCGACUGGUGGACGCGCCUGGAGGUCCUGGCGUCUCGCUCAUCGACACUCGCAAUGCGGCAGGCCGUUCACCGCUUGGCGAGGCUGAAAACGCAGGGUGGGAAGAAGGCGCCAAGUGGAUGGUCGAGAUCAUGUCUCUCGACGAAAAUGCGGCCAAAGGCGAGGGAGAAGGCGACGCGACCGUGGAUCCCGCCGCGUUACGCGAUGUCGAAAUUGAGAUUGAGGAUGCAGACGGACAAGUCGCGAAGAUGUCCCUCGGGUCGGACGCGCCACCUGCCGUGCAAGAGCAUGGCGACGCCACCUCGGAGUCAGCAUAA